CCAGGCUUCAAACUGAGUUACCGGCUUCUGUGUGAGACACAAAAUGUCCUUACAGUCCGUCGGGAGACAGCAGGAUGGAUUUAUAUCUUGUUUACUUUAGUAGACAUACACUAUUUCUCAGGUUUCUGGGAUUUUUUAACCAAAAGCGACCGAAACUUCGGUGUUUGUUCAACUUCUGGGAUCUAAGCAGCUGUUUGGCUUAACCGGUUGACUUGUCAUAAUACUAGUAAUAAUAAUAAUAAUGGAUAAUAGCGGCGAAGUCUCCAACGACAUUCGGACUGUUUACGCUGCUGUUUCCAGAGAACCAAACUCUGACCUGAAGAAUGGACAGCUUUUCAAACUUUACAAGAGGAGGUGGUUUGUGCUGCUGGUGUUGUGUCUCCUAAACUGCUCCAACGCAACGACAUGGCUUACCUUUGCACCAGUGGCGAACCAGUCUGCCCAGUACCUGAAAGUUACUCUGGACGAGAUCAACUGGCUAUCACUGGUCUACAUGGUGGUGGCCAUACCGCUCAGCUUUGCAACCACUUGGAUGCUGGAUACUCUUGGACUGAGGAUAACGCUGAUCCUGGGUGCCUGGCUGAACAUGCUCGGAGCCGUGCUGCGGUUCCUCGGCACGCUUCCGGGUGAGAGUUUUAAAAUCCAGUACCCGAUAGUGAUGUUGGGACAGACCCUCGGCGCCUUGGCUCAGCCCCUCAUCGUUUUCGCUCCCACCAAGCUGGCAGCCCUGUGGUUCCCCGACCAUCAGCGGGCCACAGCUAACAUGAUCGCCUCGAUGGCUAAUCCCCUGGGAAUCCUCCUCGCUAACAUCAUCUCUCCUGUGAUGGCUGAAACAUCUGCACAGAUCCCAAAGCUGGUGAGUUUAACAAAGAAACCUUUGGUGUUCAGAAAGCAGAGUAGUCUCAGUGCCCCCCCGACGCCGCCCUCAGCCAGCGCAGAGACCUCCAACUCAGAGCCGUUUGUACAAGGGAUCAAGCUGGUAAGAAAACACAAAGCAGAAAAACACAAAACAGAGCCUGAGGACUUUGCUGGGUUGUGCGGCGCCCUCUUCAUUGUGUUUGGCAUCAUCGGCGCCGGUAUUCUGGGUCUCUAUGUCGACAAAACCAAGAAGUUCAUGGAAGCCAUAAAGAUCAACAUGAGCUUCUGUGCUGUGGCGUGCAUCGCCUUCUCAGUGGUUCAGUCGGUUGUCUACAUCGUCCUCCUUCAAGCUCUGACCACACGGCUCGCAGACUCUCCCCUGUCCACCUGCGGGGAAGCAGCCUUGAGCUGGAAGGGAAGAAACCUCCGGCAGAAACUGGCUCAGGGGGAGGAGGCCAUCUGCUGCAACGAAUGGCGGUGA